ACCAUCCUCAGUAUAAGAUCGAACGGAUAAGAGGAUGUUUAAAAGAAUGGAUUCAUGGAAAAUUAUUCUUUUAUUCUCAGUCCUACACCUGGUGCACCCUCAGGAUCUGGAGCCUGUGAACAAAAUGAACAUUACAGCUUUAGUGACAAAUGCUGACUAUACAGAUGUUUAUAUUGAAACCAAUAAUGAAUCAGGAACAGAUUUAUUUCAUAAAUCAGCACAUUUUAACCUGACGACCGAACAACAGCAUCUGACGACUGAUAAUCAGCUGCCAAUGAUGGAAAAUCAGCGCUCUGAUGAAAUCAGUCUCCAAUCCACCACAACACCUCUGGACCAGAAGGAGACAGCAGAGGACAUUUUGUCAACUGACGAACAUUUUUCCUCUGUCGACAUUUUGUCCGCUGUGGAUGAUAUUUCCUUGAAUCCGUCCAAAUAUCUGGCGGUAAACUACGUUGCUAAAAUACAAGUCAAAGAUCAGGGAACUGGGAACCAGUACACUAUAUCAGAAAUUCAUAGCAAGGACGAUGAGACAAUCAAGCUAAGCCUUGUCGAUCCCAGACGAAAUGCUACAAGUUCGUGUAGUAUGUAUACAGGAGGGUUUGGACACGCCACAACAGGAGUUAGAUGCAGACUCUCCCGUAAUCUGCCACAGGAAUGUUUCUGUUGGGAUGGAUUGUGCCUCUACCCUUUCUAUACGUUGAGUUCCACAGUUCAACAACUAGUUUCAAAGAAUGGUAAGGUGACGAAGCUGGGUAAUAGUUUACUAAGAUGGAGGGUUGAGGAGGAGAGCUUAGAAAUUAAUGCAAUUUUCCGCCUAGUGGGUCAGCUCAUUUUACCCUUGGAGGUUGAGGUGAAAGGGUUUGGAUAUUCUCUGGGCACUCUGAAGAUAGAUGAGAGAGCACACAUUAAAUACUCUGUCAUUCAGUUUGAACCAAUGGAAAGAAUAAAGCUGAGAAUGGUUUUGAAUCCAGAUGAUUCCUCCUUGUUGCACCAGGAACCAGGCAUAUUCUGCCCUAAAUCAAACCUACACCCUCCCAGAUCUCUUCCAGAACUUCCAAGGCAGUUUUCUGUCAAAAUAGAAACAAUUAUGGAAGGAAAUUCUGAAGUGUCCUACUCUCAUCAGAACUAUGAUCUACCGCACAAGUUGGUCAGUGUAAAGCUAACUCCCCGAGUGCACACCCCACCCUCCGUAUUCCUAACAACCUUAGCUCUAGCACCGCAUCUACUACCACAGACCUACAAUAUUAUCCACGACUUCAAUACGGGUCUACAGUACACAGUUUCAGAGAGAACUGGUAACUGUACAGUAGAGCCUAUACAGACCUGGAUGGGGGAUGCCGCGAGAAUGGAAGGACGACCUGUCAGACUAAAACUAGCUUCAGAGCUUCUUCAGGUGAAACCUGCUGAUUUUGUAUAUUCUGGCCGCCGAAAAAUACGGGGAAUCGGUGCUGAUGUCUGGACUGCAGAAAAGGAUGGAGAAACCGCUGCGGAUGAGUAUUCAACAAUUGAACUUUACUUCUCCGAAUCUGAUUGGACCAUGCAGGUUGAAGAUAUGAAUGAAAUCAAAAACGUACCUUUAGGAAUGGCAACGUAUUAUGCUGAUAGCAGGACAGCUCCAUAUUUUCAUACUAAGGUGGAGAGCCAUUAUUUCGAAUUUUCCAGCUCCCAUCCGUCUUGGAAACUGUUCGAUAUAUCAAAAUGUUUGUCAAACAAUGAUCGUCUAUAUCUCAGAAUAACUCUGAAUGUUACCUAUGGCCAGUUGGUUCAGUUUAGUUUAGCCACUGCUCAGGAAAGUAUUCGAGCAGCUUUAGCGAAAACAGCAAACAUCUCUCCACUUAGGCUGGUGGAUCUGUUUAUUUCAAGUUCAAGAGACAGUACAGGGGUUGAUAUAUGGUUCAUUUUACUAGAGAAACCACAAACCUUGCUCAAGGGUGGAGAGAAAACUAUAAUAAAUGUUGAAAGUACUCUUGCUGAAUCAUAUGAAACUCUAAGCUUAGCCUACAGUGAUGGUAGCAAGCUUAGACUGCAACUAGACUCAGAGAGAAAUAUGUUGGUAGGAGUUACCCCUGGUAGUCUACAGGUAGUUGGUGAAUCUGCUCAUCCUUCAUCCAGGAACAGAUCUUAUCUUUUCCUCAGGACACACUACACAGCAGGAUCUAUGGCAGGACUAGGGUUCUCCAUGGCGGUGCUAGGACUAAGUAUUGGUAUCCUGGUUGGGUUUUUGCUCUGGAAAAGAAGAUUAGGACUUCCAACCUUCCCUCAUCUACCUCAUAUCCACCUUCCACACUGCAGUCAGGCCACUCCCAUUCUGUCAAGUUCUACCACGGAUAUGGCUCAACUCACCUCUGCGUACCCAGGUCCGCCCCUGCAAGACCCGAGAUAUUGAGGAGAAAUGAUAAAAUGUUGUUUUCAUUCAUGUUGUGAUCUUGAUAAAUAAAAUAUUUUUACCAUGA